CGACGUUGAACCUCCUUCAGACGAUUCAAUUAUCGGUGCAAUGUACGUCUCUCAGGCUAUGCAUACCUUAGACCUCCCCCCUGCUAACACACUUUCAGCGGAGUUGUCGAGACUGAAGCCCGCCCCUUCUGAGCACAUUCAUGUGAAGAGCAAGUCAGAGUGCCUCCAAACUACUCAGGACAAGAUACGGGAAUCCAUACUCAAUCAUUUGAAGGACACGAAGAACCGAUUUGUCUGGUUACGGGGAUCCCCUGGGUCGGGGAAGACUGCUAUAGCUAUGAGCGUUGCAUCCACUCUCGAAGCGCAAGGCACUCUGGCAGCGUCCUUUUUUUGGGAUAAAAACCAGACUGGAUCGGGCCUUGAUUCUACCAAACAAUUCCCUUCCACGCUCGCACAUCAACUUGCAUGCUUCAAUGAGGACUUCAAGAUGUCACUUGUCAGGCGCCUUCGGCAGCGAGAUCUGCAAUUGGUCCAGGAUCUGCCGCUGGACAAGCAAAUGAAGGCUCUUGUUAUCGAGCCGAUGUGUAAUCUGAUGGAGAUACUACCUUCCGGAAAAGAUCGCCUUGUCAUCAUCUUGGAUGGCUUGGACGAGUGUGGAGAUCUAGAAGCACUCGAAUGUCUGAUGGGGCUUGUCCUUAUCCUUGAAGAGCUGCCAGCUACAUUUGCGGUAUUCGUCAGCUGUCGCCCCGAGUCACCGGUUGUAUCGGCUUGGGAUGAAGCUCGGGAUCAGGGUCUUGUCGUACCAUGCGAAGAUGUGGAUAUAAUUAUGAAGGAGGAGAAGUACCACACAAUCCGUUGCAUGGUGGAACAUGGCCUUCGAGAUCGCAUCAAGAAGUCUCAGUGGAAACCUUCGGAGGAAGAUCUCCAUGUUUUUACUUUGGCUUGUCGUGGAUUGCCUGUUAUAGCCUCAAUUCGGAUUCGUGAAGUCAUCUUGCGAACACGGCAUGGUCGCACACUGCAGACAGAGUUCCAGUACUUGCUCAAUCUCUCCGAUGCACCCACCGAUCUCAACUGGGAGUACCUGCGAAUGCUUCGAAGAGCCUAUAUGCCCGAUUCAUCUGCAAUGCCUGCCGAUGUAGCCAAGAUGUAUUGCCUAUUGGUUGGCACGAUUAUUGCAGUGCAUAGAUCACUGAGUGUGUAUUCUAUGUCACAGCUUUUAGGAAUUGCCAAGGAUGAGGCCCGAGCCACAUUAGAACCAAUCAGCUCAAUCAUUGAACUCCCCUCAGAUGACAUGGCAGGUGUUAAAUUCUAUCAUGCCACGGCGAAAGAAUUCAUAACAGGGGAUCCAAUUGGUAAUGAAAAUGACAAAAUUUUUUUUAUCAAUGACAAGGAAGGGUAUUUUCUGGGACCGCUACUCCUUCAGAUUUUCAAUAAUUGUUGCAAGCGGAAUGAAUUUAGGAUACCCACUAAUCCCCCUCUUGGUGACAGAGAAAAAUGGGCAGAUUUUAAACCCUUCAGAGAUCAACCCGAUCACAUCCAAUAUGUCAUUGAAAACGUACUCUACCACCUGGACCCGGCAAAACUCUUUUCACAAGAGUCCAAUGACAAUGAAUUCCAGAACGAGUUCAAUUCCUUCCUUCUGCAAAACUUCCUUACAUUCUGGCACAUGCGAGGGGUCUCUUUCGUGCCAGCACGAUUCCAUGGAUUCAAUAAUCAUGAUGUAAUUGAAAUCCUCCGAGAAGAUUUUGAACCACUUGAUUCCAUUGAGCGAGGCUUCGCUUAAUGCCCAAAUCCUUAUGGAGGCAAAAUUAGAUGGAUUGCCAAAGAAGGUUGAUGAAUGGGGUGGUGAAGAGAUCAAUUACGAAGCUGAAUUCCACGAACCUGAUGUCUGUAAUGGCAUUGUGACAUGUGCAGCACUCUCCAGAGAUGGUCGAUAUGUUGCACUUGGGUUUGGUAGUGGUGUUAUUGAGAUUGCUGACAUAGAUGAUCAGCAUACAAUCUUUCAGUUUCAGAAUCAUCCACCCAAUCCACCAGCAUGGAUUGAGUUUAUCCAUGGUGAUCAUUGUGUUGCUACCGAGGAUGUCAAUGGGAACAUUGCUAUCUAUGGCCAUGGUGUGCUCCCUGUGAACCUUGGCACUCUCCC